AAAAGGCCCGGUAGGGCUGACAGCAAGCUAUCCCACUCCUGGGGACAAGACCGGCUGGCAUCUGCUUCUGUGUGUCAAGUGCUCUAUUGGCUAACGCAAUGGACUUCAGGAGAGAGUUCCAGAGAGCGGGCAAGAUGGGGAAUGCCAAGAGCCUGUCGGGCCAGAAGAUGGCCUCAAGGUUCUUGCCCGAGGAGCAGGCUGAGGUAGACAAGCUGUUUGAUGUCCUGUCAUCUAGUGAAGGCGGUGUGGCAACGGGGACAUUCUCUCUGGAGGCGAUGAAGAGCCAUGUCAAGGAGGCCCUCCCCGCAGCGAUGGUCACCAGACUGUAUAACGGCAUGCAGAGGGUGAAGCCGACCGACAGGACACUCGGGAGCUGCAGGAGUGUUUCCAGAGAGCAAUUCACUGCAUUCCUGUCCCAGCUGUUGAGAGGGAGCUGUGAGGAAAAAGGCCUAAUGGUUAUGAACAUGAUCUCAGCUGCAGAGGGUCCUACAAAGACCAGAGAUGUCCAGAAGUUCACAGAGGACCUGGUGGCCUCUGUGGCGCAUGUGCUGACCCACCGGAGUGAGCUUCGAGGCUGGACCUGCAGGAAAUCCGAGGUGCCCCCUGACAGUAUGCAGGCCAUGGUCGCCCAGCUGCUCUCUGAGAUGAAGUUUCAAGAUGGCUACAAGUUCCAGGGCCCUCAGUGCCUGGACCAGGUCUGCGACCAAGCCAUGAUCGAGGAGUGGGUGUUCCACGUCCCUCACGUGGGCGUGUUCCUGAGUGUGGUCGUCCACAGGGGCCUGUGCCUCCUGGGUUCAUCCUUUGAUCUGUCCACGCUGGUCCCCGAGUGCCUCGCGGACCAAGGUGGGCGGUUCGAGAGCAUCCUGGAUGUGCUGUCCGUCAUCUACCUCAGCUCCCACCUGGCCCCGGAGCAUCGGCAACGCUGGCGCCUGCUGUUCUCCACGCAGCUCCACGGGCAGAGCUUCUCCCAGCUCUGCAGCCACAUUACCAGCCAGGGGCCCAGCCUGCUUGUCCUUGAGGACAGGGAUGGCUACGUCUUUGGUGGCUUCGCCUCCUGCUCUUGGGAAGUUAAACCUCAGUUCCAAGGGGACAACAGAUGUUUCCUGUUCUCCAUCGCCCCCAGAAUGGCCACGCACCUGCACACGGGCUACAAUAACCACUUCAUGUACUUGAAUUACGGACAGCAAACCAUGCCCAACGGACUGGGCAUGGGUGGGCAGCACCAUUACUUUGGGCUUUGGGUGGCUGCUGACUUUGGGAAAGGACACAGCAAGGCGAAGCCGGCGUGCACCACCUACAACAGCCCACAGCUGUCUGCCCAGGAGGACUUCCUGUUCGAUAAGAUGGAGGUGUGGGGACUUGGCAACCUCUUAGAGGAAUAUGAGGGCAAGAACAAGAAGAGCGUCCUGGACUCAAAUCCCGAAGCCCGUAGCCUGUUGGAGAUCAGCGGACGGGCUCGGCACAGCGAGGGACUGCGGGAAGUCCCCAGGGAUGAGGACUGAGAUAAGGCAACCUCUUAGAGCUCUCCUGGAUGGAGAGCAUCCUGGAGCAGGGGCGGGACUUCCCCAGGGAUGCAGAGCAGAGAGCGUCUAGAUUCCUCACUGCUGGGUGAACAGAGAGAGCUCUUCUUACCCUCUGUCCCAACUCCUGCUUAGCCUUAACACAGAGCCACAUGGUUGCACGCAGACCAUCACGGACACACUUAAAUCAGAACACAGCCAUGCUGAGAAAAUUCCUCUGAAGCCAUAAUCGAUGGGUGUUGCCUCCCAGGGGCCCUGAGCGUGGGUUAGAGCCUUGGCCUUAAACUUUGUCUUCCGUCUUUUGUCCAUGGCAUCCAAAGACAAAGAGGCUUGAAACCUGCUGGGGCUGGUGGUUGGGGGCAUGCAUUCUUGCCUUGUGAGGGGGCACCAUGCUCUGAGGUCCCUGUAAGUGCCCCGAUGGCUCAGCAUGAGUGGCAAGACAGGGGUGCUUAGAUGAAUAUCUUGGUACUGUGUGAGAAUACCCCCCACACACCCACCAUGCAAUUUGUGGGUUUGUAGCUGAAGAUCUGAAGGAAAUGUCUCUGGAGGCGGGUUCUCAGAAUGGGCCUGUUGUGGGGGUCCUGUUUUGCUUUCUCAACUCUCUUUAAGCCUGAUGAGCAAGGGUGGUGGAAAGCCAGACCCAUCCAUUUACCCAGAGACCAAGCCUUUCCUGUGCUGCUAAUCCAAAUAUGGGACCUGGGACCUUUGAGGAGACUUGAAGUCUGCAUGCUUGCCCAAUGUGUGCAUAACACCCACCCAUCCCAGAUGCCAGUGGUGGGUGAUAUCUGGCUGUGGCUGGGAGUGUCAGCCUCCAGGUGCCUUCUCUGAGGUCACAGCUCAGGGCUUCUCAGGAGGGAGAUAGGUCAUGGGACAGCAUGACUUACUUCAGACAGACUCUAGUGGUCCCCAAAGACUGAAGAUGACUCAGGUGGCCAGGCUGCCCAUCACACUGCGAGUGAUGGCCACCCAGCUCCAUCCACUCAGAGGAGCUGUGGGCCCUUGAGACCUCUACGUCUUGUUUGUAAACCUCUACGUCUUUUGCUGUAAACUUCAACCUUUACGGAUCUGAUACAAGUUUUACUCUUGCGUAUACAGUUUGUCCACGGUAAA